CAGUCCAUUCACCCUGCUUGUAUCUUCUCGCGGUAUCGUUAGCAUAGUACACGAUUAGCUUCCUUAGCUAGCUCCGUCGUUUUCAGGUUUCGUGUCGACCUGACGACUACAGCCAGGGAGCGACACGCAAAAGGCUGCAUACAUAUUUAUAUUUUUGAUUCCAAGCUGCUGACGGGACCAGGACCAUGCCGCACAACUUCCAGCCGGGAGACCUGGUCUUCGCUAAAAUGAAGGGGUACCCCCAUUGGCCAGCCAGGAUUGAAGACGUGGCUGACGGAGCAGUGAAACCCCCACCUAAUAAAAUUCCAAUUUUCUUCUUUGGGACUCAUGAAACUGCAUUUCUGGCAGCCAAGGAUCUUUUUGCCUAUGAAAAGUACAGCGAGCGCUAUGGGAAGCCCAACAAACGGAAAGGCUUCAAUGAAGGCUUGUGGGAGAUUCAGAACAAUCCACACGCCUCCUACAGUGCUCCACCUGUGCCCGCCAGCUCAUCUGACAGCGAAGACAACAAGGCCGGUGGUGGAAGCGAUGAUGACGAGGAGGAGGACGAAGAAGCCCCAGUGCCCAGGAGGGCAGACUCUGCAAGCGAAGUGGACUCUGAUUCUGCCAGUGAAGACAGAGGAAGGGGGGGAGGAGGAGGAGGAGGAGGAGUGAAGCGGAGGCCGCAGCCUACGAAGCGGCCGCCUCCCCCGAAAAAGACCCGCCGCUCGUCCAGCGACAGAGACGAGGAGAGCGGAUCCCAGUCGGAGUCGGAAGCCACUCCCUCAGAGUCGGACUCUGGCAAGAACAGCGACCAGGAUUUCACUCCCGAGAAGAAAACAGCAGCCGGCCGAGCUGGAAAGAAAGCAGCAGGCAGAGGAAAGAAAAAGCAGAAAGAUUCAUCCGACUCAGAUUCAGACUCAGGAUCUGCAUCAGAGAAAAAAGCGGCAGACAGCGACUCGGAGGAUGAGAAGCCUCGGCCGGCCGUGUCUGGUUCUGAGUCUCAGUCUGGCUCCAAGUCUGAAUCAGAAUCCGACCCGCCUCCCCGGAAGGCGCCGCAGGCACGCAAAAAAGCGCCAGAGAAACCUGCACCCAAACCCCGCUCACGGAAACCCAAAGCCGCGCCUCCCAAACGAGCAGCGGCAGCAUCAUCGUCAUCGUCAGACAGCGACAGCGACAGCGAGCCGGACCGCAUCAGCGAGUGGAAGAAGCGGGACGAGGAGCGCAGGAGGGAGCUGGAGGAGCGGCGGAAAAAGGAGGAGGCCGAGGAGCUGCGGCGGCUACGGGAGCGGGAGAAAGAGGAGGAGGAGAAGCGGAAAAGAGAAAAAGAGGUGAAAAAGGUGAGCGACAGUGACAGCAGCAGCUCGGAUGAAGGCGUGGACCAUCACCCCUUGAAGAGGUCCAAGAAACCUCCUCCCCCGCCCAUCCCCGCUCCCUCCGACUCCGACUCUCCUCCGUCAGCUGAGGUGAAGAAAGCAGCCAGGAAGUCUGACAAGCAAAGUAAAAGCAGAAUAAAGAAGGAGAAGGAGAGGAAGGAGAAGAAGAGCAAACCUUCUGAGGAGAGAUCCAGAGCCAGGUCCAAACCUGACAAACCCAGACACAAACCAGAGAGGCUUCCACACAAGAAGGUGGAGCAGAAGAAAGAAGCGUUGCCAGAGGAGAAACUUCAAAAACUCCACACAGAUAUUAAGUUUGCGCUGAAAGUGGACAACCCUGACAUCGAGCGCUGUCUCCAAGCCCUGCAGGAGCUGGAAGCCGUGCCUGUUACCAGCCACAUCCUGCAGAAGAACGCUGAUCUCAUCGCCACACUGAAGAAGAUUCGGCGCUACAAAGCCAGCUCAGCCGUCAUGGAGAAGGCCAGCGAGGUGUACAACAAGCUGAAGCUUCGCUUUGUGGGCAAAGCAGAAACGACAGCCAAGGCCAGGACCGACAAGGAAGGCGAGGACAACGAGAAGGAGACGGAAAAGCCAGAUUCCACCGCAGUCAACGGACAGUCGGAAGAGAAAAAAGAGCAGGAGGAAAAAGCAGUGGAAGAUGACGGCAACAACCACGCUGCUUCCAGUCCAAUCAGGCGGAGCCUAGACAGUCCACCGCAGACAAACCAGUACGACCAAGCUAACAGCAACAACUCCGCAGAGAUGCAAGCUGAAAGUUAAAAGACGGAAAGACCCCCCCGCCCCCAGCAGCUAGUAUUUGCUGGAUAUCAGACAUGAUGAUGAUGGUGAUGAUGAUGAUGAUGGACCUGUACCAGCUUUUUGGGAAGGAGGAAACGGGGGUCUGCUUUGUGCCCUCUUCUCUAACACCAUCCUGCCCGUCCGUCUCGGAUGCCUUUUCCCUCCAUCCAUCCAUCCUCUCCGGUGAAUACACGUGCACUUGGUUUAGGCUGAAGCAUCAUUGGGGGGCGGUACUGUACACACGCUACACCUUGGCGACAUCACACCCACCUUUUGGCGUCCUCCACACUGCUCAAGCGCUACUCGUCUUAAGUUUUGGUCUCUUUCUGUUUUUUAAUGUCAACCUGAAUGAUAUGUAAGACAAUGAAAUUUGUUCAAGUCCA